CUAUUUAAUUGUUCUCAGUUCAAUGAGCACGAUGCUCUUGUUAAACUGCACAGAGCGUGUUGUUUUUACCUUAAGUCCCUUUAAAUACCACGAUACAGCGUUCUGUACAGUUUUCUUUGCUCUUAAUUCUUUGUAGAGAUUGUAACAUAUAAAGUGAAAGGUGCAGUCUUUUUGUUUGUUUUGGGAUUUUGAUCAUACAUCCAAUGUGCUAAAUUAUUUUGGAUUUCUAAGAUGGAUGGUCAAGACCAGAUGGAGCUCAAAUACAGUGCUGGGGCAGAAGUAGGUGGUUUAGAGCUGUGUAUAGUCUGUGGGGACCGAGCCUCAGGGAGACACUAUGGUGCCAUCAGCUGUGAAGGUUGCAAAGGAUUUUUCAAACGCUCCAUACGGAAGAAGCUCGGCUACCAGUGCAGGGGCAGCAUGAACUGUGAAGUGACGAAGCACCACCGUAACCGAUGCCAGUACUGUCGCCUGCAGAAGUGCCUGGCCUGCGGGAUGAGGAGUGACUCGGUCCAGCAUGAGCGGAAGCCGAUCGUGGACAAGUCGAAAGGCGAGCAACGGGACGGGGGCAUGCAUGAACGACAGGCUGCGUAUUCCAAGCUGCUGGGACUGGCGGGACAAGCACAGGCUGCACAGAUAAAUCCAAAAGAAGAGCCCAGCGACGCUUUCGGCGCGGUUUCCCCCGCGGCGCCCGCGAUAAACUUCGCGUUGGCCGCCGCCGUCGCCUUCAACAAAGGGAAUCCUGUGUCUCCCUACCUAAACGCGGGCAGCGCGAGCGACAUCGAAGGCGCUCGUCGUCAGCAACUGAUGCUGCAGACGCAGCUCGCCAAGAAUCUCUUCAAGAUGGGGCAGUUUGGUGCAAUAAACGAAUAUUUACAGUCGGCAUACGGCGCCACGCCACCCGAGGUGCCGUUGUCGCUACACGCCGCCGCCGACACGCAGCAAGUUGAAGAGCCGGACUCAAGCAUCCUAAGUACAGCGGAGUCCCUCACACUCUCGCUACCGCUGCCCGCGCCCGCGCCGCCGCAUCUGCGUUUGCACGCCGCGUGCGAGGCGGGCGCGCGCCUGCUGGCCGCCAACGCGCGCUGGCUGCGCGCCGUGCCCCACGCGGCACACCUGCCGUUCGAGAUCCAAGUGACCCUAUUCAAGAAGUGCUGGCCGGAACUCUUCGUGCUCGGUCUGGCACGUCUAGCUGGAGCCCUGGCGCUGCCGGCGCUGCUGCCUCAGUUGGUGGCGCAUCUUCAAGCUGAACUGCGAUCGCGCGCCGGAGCCCCACGCCGCCAGCCUGACCCGCCGCAGCCCGAGAUCACAGUAGCAGACUAUUCGGACGAACGCAUAGCGGAGAUCAGCAGUACUUUAACGCGUCUACAGCAGUUCCUGGGCACGCUUGAACAGUUGCGCGUGAGCGAGCGGGAACACGCGCACCUCCGCGCGCUUUGCCUGUUCUCGCCUGAUGGCGUGCCAGAUUUCUUAACCCGCAAGAUGCAGGAAUACCAGGCCAAAGUCCUGCGCUCCCUCAAGGCGUGUUGCCAGCCUGAAGAAGAACGCCUGGCCACCUUAUUACUGCAGCUGCCUGUGCUAAGGACCUUCACUGGACCAUUCCUGGAGGAUGUGUUCUUUGUUGGGUUCUUGGGUGACGUCAGCAUUGAUGAUGCGAUCCCGUAUCUGUUGAACGCUGAGCGCUGAUGUGCAGCUAAUAACUACGAGAAACUUGGUGCUUGAAAAAAAUAUUGACUAUUUUUUAUAUUCUAUAAGUAUAAUUUUAUGCUCUUUCGUUAGAAUUGUCACGAAUUGAUUGAGACAAUGGAACGACAAUACAUUUGAUACAAAAUUCUCAUUCACUCAUUCAGUUCGUACCAGAUUUAACGAAAAUUUAAAUUGUGCCUUAAUUGCUAGGCAAACUUACUUCCAUUUAAAUUGUUAUAUUAAUUUAGGUUUAACCUUAUAAGUUUAAUAUUAAUAGCUUUAUUCCGAUGACAUGAUACAUCAAAUUUCACAUUAAACUGUAUCAAAGAAUAUUCACUGCCACAGAAUUUACUUCAAGUCUUAAUUUAGUCCAAGGUCACUCAACAAAAAGGCACUCUCAGCGCCUGGUAAUAAAAUGCUAAAUUGCUCGCAGCUUAAGCACGAGGUUUUGGAAGCAGUGAGUGACAGUGUUUAAUCGGAACGCAUCCUUGGAUUGUGCAUUUGAAACGUGAAAAUGUAACCGUGACGCGUAACAAAUGCGCGGGAAACGCAUUGUGCGCACACAGCUUGGGAUUGUCUACACAUUCUGUUUAAUUAAUGCAGUUCUAAAUAACUAAUAAAUAUUAUAGAAUAUUACUUAUGUAAGGGCAUUUUUACAUUAUAAAUAAUAAUAUUAAUUCAUAUUCCUAUGAAAAAUUGUGUACUUAAUUUUUUACAUAAUGUUUUGAUUUUAAGGAUACUUAUUUAUAAUGUUUCUCAAAUGUAGGGUUGAUAUUAUGAAAUCAUGUUUAUUGACCAUAAAUGGCCACUAAUAAAAGAAAAAAAAUAUCGAUGAUGAAACAUGAUGAAUCCAUCCUGUAUUCUUUUGUUAGAUAAACAUUAUUAUAAAUACCGUCCAGUGUUAGUAAAAUGUUUAUUAAAUACUUUAACAAGCGCAACUAGGAUGUACAGUUGCUUUUAUAUAAUAGAUUUUUUAAAUUACGUUAA